AUGGAAGAUUCGUUAAAGAAUCAAAAUACUAAUUGCAACAGUAAUCCAAUUGUUUUUCUAGAUAUAGCAAUUGAAUCAGAGAAAGUUGGAAGAGUUGUGAUACAGCUUUUUAAAGAUGUUGUACCUCGAACAGCAGAGAAUUUUCGUGCACUAUGUACUGGAGAAAAAGGUAUUGGAAUCAAUGGCAAGAAGUUACAUUACAAGGGUUCAAUAUUUCAUAAAGUGUUGUCACAGUUUAUGAUCCAAGGUGGAGACAUAAUAAAUUUUGAUGGGACAAGUGGAGAAAGUAUAUAUGGAGCACAGUUUGAGGAUGAAAACUUUAACAUCUCUCAUUCAGUAGGAGGAUUGUUAAGCAUGGUAAAUAAAGGUUAUCCAAACAGCAACAGUUCUCAGUUUGUUAUUACUAUUUCAGCUAGUACACAUUUAGAUAAUACCAAUGUAGUAUUUGGUAAAGUUUUGAAAGGAAUGGGUAUAGUAUUAGAAGUAUCCAAGGUUAAAAAUGCAAAUGAUGUACCAAUUCAGAAAGUACAUAUAAUUGAUUGUGGUGAGCUUAAAGAUGGACAAAAUUGGGGUAUAGAAGAGAAUGAUAGUACAGAAGACGUAUUUACUCCAUGGCCAGAAGAUUGGGAUUAUUCUACAGAUAAUAAAAGACUCAAUUACAAGUAUAUAAUGGAGGUUAUUAAGAAGAUAAAAGAUUCUGGAAAUUAUUAUUUUUUACGAAAAAAUUAUGUAGAUGCAGGCAGGAAAUAUAAGAAAGCAUUACGCUAUUACAAAUGGAUGAUGAAGACAACAGAUGUACCAGAGUCUUUCAAUGAAAUAAUAGAGAAUACUAAAGUGACCCUAUUACUUAAUCUUGCUGCUGUUAAUAUAAAAGAAAAAGAAUAUCGCGAAGCUAUAAAGCUUUGUUCAGAGGUUCUGCAAUUAAAUAAAAACAACAGUAAAGCAUUAUUUCGUAGAAGUCAGGCAUACAUGGGAUUAAAUGAAUAUGAUUUAGGUUUGCAAGAUUUAAGGCAAGCACUGUUAGAAUCUCCUAAUAAUAAGGAUAUUUUACUUGAAAUUGAUAAAGUCAAAAAAGUUAUGAAUUCAUAUUUAGCUAUUGAAAGGUCUUCUUGUCAAAGAAUGUUUAAAUGA